GCCAGGUGUUCUGGAGCUGUACUAUAGCGGACAGUGGGGAAGAGUCCUCUACUCUGGGUUUGGAGUUGAAGAGGCAACAGUUGCCUGCAGAAUGUUGGGACACAACACCAUUGCAGCCAAAGCCAGCGCAUCUUCAAACACUGGCAGCGAAUCACGAAGUGUUAUCGUUGAAAAGUUCCAUUGUCUUGGCACUGAACUCUCCCUGAACGAUUGUCUUCAUUACCCUUGGGGUAGUGUUACCUCGUCAUCACCAGUAGUCCGAAUACAGUGUCCUGAUGCUAAUCUUCAAAUACGCUUGAACUCGACAACUCGUGGACGGGGACGGGUAGAAGUACUACACAACAAUGUCUGGGGAACAGUCUGUAGAGGGUCGUCGUUUUCCUCACAGGAGGCACAAGUUGUGUGUAAAAUGGCAAAUCUUCCCUGGACAACAGCCUAUGUGACAACGUCUUAUGGUGCAGGUGAAGGACUUAUUUGGCUGAGUAACGUCGACUGUUCGGGGACAGAGACCUCCCUAGACGAGUGUUCCCACUCUGGUUGGGGAACAGCACCAGGCUGUUCCCACAGUAGUGAUGUCGGAGUGGUAUGUCGUGGAGAUACUAAGAGUAUCCACCUGGAGCCACCAGGUAGUGUCCUCAACGUCUUUCUCGGGCAGCCAAUCAGUGUCAAGUGUGUGGUCGAUUACUCCAACUCUCCCGUCACGUCGUUCAACUGGACACACAGCGGACGUUCCUACAGUGGACAAACAUUCAGUAAAACAAUAACAUCCAAGUCUGACUCGGGCACACUGACAUGCAGUGUCCAGAAUGCGAGGGCGUUCACUCGAAUCAACGUGUGGUACCCGCCAGAGCUACAUCUGGAGCCGGGAAAUGACACCAUUGAUGUUGGUGUCGGUGACGACCUCCGUGUGCAGUGUGUAGCGGAUGACGCCAACCCUAGUGUCCACACAUUCAGAUGGUCCCACAAUGGAGAAACAAGUACCGAGGAAACUAUCCUCAUUCAGAACGUGACCAAAGCUGACAGUGGACGAUUGUCCUGCACAGUGGACAAUGGACACAUGAUGACGCCUGGACGGGCAGAUGCAACUAUAAAUGUAAAAUAUCCACCGAAAAUACACCUCGAGCCAAACCGACUGGUCAUCAAUGUCAAACAGGGUGGCGAUGUCACUGUUGUUUGUGUCGUUGACGACGCCAAUCCCUCCGUCACCUCCUUCACGUGGUUACAUAACAACAGCAUUAGUCAUGGUGAAGUGUUUACAAAGGGUGAUGUAUCAACGUCUGAUGCCGGGAAUCUAUCCUGCUCUGCCACAAAUGGACAGGGGACAUCACUCGUAAUGACAAAGAUCAUCGUCAAUACAUAUAUGCCUUUGGUUCAUCUGGAACCAAGAAACAACACCCUUGAUGUUGUUGUCGGUGAAGACCUACUUGUACAGUGUACAGUGGAUGACGUUAGCCCCACUGCCUACACAUUUCGAUGGUCCCACAAUGGACAAACAUGUACUGGGUCGACCUUCCUGAUUCAGAACGUUACCAAGUCUGACCGUGGACAAUUGUCCUGCACUGUUGACAAUAGACACACGAUGGCACCUGUAAGGACAGAUGCAACUAUAAAUGUGAAAUAUCCACCGGAGAUCCACCUGUCAACGAGGGAAGGUGUCAUCAGUGUCACGGCCGGGAAUGCUGUUGAGGUUGAAUGUGUCGUUGACGAUGCAAACCCUGCCGUCACCUCCUACAUGUGGCGUCACAACGGCGAUAUCAGUUACGGACAGACAUUUCUGAAACACGUGUCAUCUUCUGAUUCGGGGAACCUAUCGUGCUCUGCCACUAAUGAACAAGGGACAUCAACUGUUCAAACAAGCAUCGAAGUCUUGCAAGCUUCCUCUUUGAUCGGGAACGAUGGCACUACAAGCAAGAAUAAAGUGAUUGCCAUAGCAACAGGAUCUGUAGGCAUAGGUAUCAUCGUUAUCCUCCUCCUCAUCGUUAUCUACCAGAGGAGGAGAAGACAUGCUGCUAAACCUGAGAAUAUACCAGCGGAGAACCAACAGAGAACUGCACAGGCGUCAAAAGCAGUCGAUGGAGGAAGCCAACAGCAUUACGAGUCGACGGAGCGGCCAAGUGGAGGUGCUGAGAACUCCUAUUGCGAAAUUGAAAUGACUCCAAGGAAAGAUGCCGAGCCUGCUCAUAUCUAUGGCAACCUUGGAUUUAAAGAUGAAGAAAACACACGGCAAGAACCAGGAACAGCUUCUGGUCCAACCUACGGCAACAUCCAGAUUGGAAUGAGCGAGAAAAUACCCCCAAAAAGAGAAGUAAAAGAAAGGAAAGGAAGAAAACCAAGAGGACAUAAGGAAGAGCACGUUUAUGAAAACACCGUCGUCAGGAACUAAUCUUUCCGGUAACUACGGAUACCGAUGACAUCACGCGACUCGGACACCUAUCGGUAUCAUCGAUUAGUGUUUGCCAUAUAUGUACAUUUGUAUGUAGAUUCUUAACUGUUCGUAUUACCCCGAACUAAUACAGCCAGUCUCAUCACUGUUCAGUACAAACAAAGGUAUCAAACAGUUUCACUAGCAUACCUGUAACGAUGUCCAUUACUUUGUAAUGAUACAUCGCCUUUAUAUCCUUUUAGACCAACUUUUUGUCGUUUGUAACAUAUGACAUAUUUGGGAUUACAUUUGUUUCAGUAAAAUACAGAUUAUAGUACUUAUGGGUUGAGUCCCAUUGAGGAUUCAUCCCAGAACUCUGAGUGUCGGUCACCCAGACGAUCGGACCCACUCAGCCAUCGCGGCUUCCACAAGUUUGACAAUUUGCAGUCUAGAUCACGUACCCCUCCUUCUGAAAAGGGUAAAAUGGCAUGGUUACCGUUGCCAGUUGUUCGUGGAAGCUGCAUGACCGAGUGAGUUAGACAAAGACUCUGGGUGGCUCAUGCAAACAUACAACAGGACGUCUCACAGUGACGUGAUAGUUUGGCAGAUGGUGUUACAAGUGACUAGAGUGUGCGAAAUAGCCACUGGCCCGCUAGUCCGGGGCUAGUAAAAAUCCAGUCGGGCCAGUAAAUCUCCACAGUCACUGGGGUCACUUUGUAACUAUAUCACUCUCUCCGACUUCGACUUGUUAACUUAUAAAACACUUUCAAAUCAUGCCAGAUUAUGGCCUUAUAUAAAUGUUCAUAUUAUUACCCGUGUCUUCAUUCAAAUUUCGGACUAGUGAAUUAUUUUGUGGACUUUCAGGCACAAGCAGCCCAAAUGGCUAGCAAAAUUUGGAAACUAUUUCUCACACUGAUUUGUUCAGAAAAUGUCAUUGGAAGUACUGAGCUCGGUACAGCACAAUUCUUUUUAACGUUGUUUUUAUGCAUUUUCUACAACAAUUUCCAAUGUAAUGAUAUACAUUUCAUUGUUAUCAUUGUUCACCGUUUAUAUAUUUUUUUCUUUUUGUCCUUUUUAGUAUGAGAUAGUUUAGAAGUUGAGUUUUUAAUACCUACGUUGAAACACUGUAAUAAAGUUGUUCAUCCAUA